UACCUUUUCUUUCGUUACCUCUUACUGUACAAUUAUAGCAUAGUACGUCUUCCAUAGUGGCUGCAGAAAGAAAAAAUCUGACAACCAAGGAAACUUCAAGUCUGCAAACAUGUUGGUUUACCAGGAUCUUCUUUCUGGCGAUGAGCUUCUAUCCGACUCAUUCCCCUAUAAGGAAAUUGAGAAUGGAAUGCUGUGGGAAGUAGAAGGGAAGUGGGUCGUUCAAGGUGCUGUGGAGGUGAAUAUUGGGGCCAAUCCUUCUGCUGAAGGUGGAGAAGAAGAUGAAGGAGUUGACGACCAAGCUGUCAAGGUUGUCGAUAUUGUUGAUACUUUCAGACUUCAGGAGCAACCCCCUUUCGACAAAAAGCAGUUUGUUGCAUACAUCAAGAAAUAUAUCAAGAAUUUAAGUCCAAAGUUGGAGCCUGAGAAGUUGGAUGCCUUCAAAAAGAACAUUGAAGGAGCAACUAAAUACCUCCUGUCAAAGCUGAGCGACCUUCAGUUCUUUGUUGGUGAGAGCAUGCGUGAUGAGGGCUCAAUCGUGUUUGCAUACUACAAAGAAGGUGCCACCGAUCCAACUUUUCUUUACCUUGCACCUGGGCUGAAGGAGGUCAAAUGCUAGAAAUAAAGCGUGCAAUAAUCAGGAAGCUGUUUUGUGUAGUGGUCUUUAUUAAGUUCAAGUUGUGCUAGUAUUUGGCAGUAGAACACGCCUUGCCUUGGCGUUUUAAAUUUUGAUAGCUACAUUUUCUUACAUGCUUAUAUGUUUUAACAGAGGAUUUUGAGAAUAAUAUGAGUUCCCUAAUGACUUUGCCAACAACUUA